AUGCUUGACAUGAUUGAAAUGGCAUUACCCAUUAUUAGUCGUGCUAUUCUCGGUGAACUUUUGAUGACUAAAGAAGCAAGAACGCGGCAAAAAAUAUAUGAUGAUCUUGCUUCAGAUGACCAGUUUUCUUCUUCUCUUCUGGUUUUAAAGGAGCACCUUCCAUCAGGAAAUGCAUGUAUGAGGAUUAAUAUUGAUGCCACACGAGUCGGAAAUGUUGCACGAUUCAUCAACCAUUCUUGUGAUGGUGGUAAUCUAUCAACAAAGUUGGUGCGAAACUCAGGGGCUUUGCUACCUCGACUAUGCUUUUUUGCUUCAAGAGAUACACAAGAAGAUGAAGAGCUUACUUUCAGUUACGGAGAUAUUAGGCUAAGGCCUAAAGGGUUGAAGUGUUUCUGUAGUAGUUCUUGUUAUGGAAUCUUGCCAUCAGAAAACACAUAAUUGCUGUGAGGCAAUGGCGUAAUCUUUCCAGUCAGGGGAAUACUUUCUUGUCAUGCAAAUCCAUUUGAUUUCCAUUGUAUUCUAAUAUGGUAGUUAAUUUAGUUUUAAUUCACUGAUUCAUACAUUCUGUAAAAUGUGUUACACCUGCCAAGCAGGGACCACAUCUAACUCCCUGGCCAGGUUUUGACUUUCGACAUUGUAAUGCAUUCUUUGCAUGGAAUUGUUUAAUAUUUGUAGGAA